AUGGCUGAUCCUCUCUUAUGCCUUCGAAAUAGUACUAUUGGUAUAGCGAUAUGGAAUAUUAUUUAUUCUGUGAUUCAAAUGGGAGUAUUGGGAUGGCAAGUGAAGGAGGUACGAGAUCGACAGUGGGAGUAUGAGGGACGUCAGCUGCCAGCUACUGGAGGAAUCGACGCGUACCAAGCCCGAUUUCCCGGCCUCUAUGCAAUCUAUACCGAAACUCCUGAACGAAGGCGGAUAAAUGCCAUGUUCGUCAUCGUUUUGGUGACCUUAUUUCUGGCAUUUGUACAUUUUUUCAUGUCAUUUUCCUUGCUAUAUGGUGCAGUAAAAUACAACAAAAACUUUAUUUGGCCGUGGAUAUUCUCGGCUGGUCCCAUCAUUAUAAUGUCGACAGCAUAUGCUGUGAUGUGGUGGAGCGGGGAUGUCUUCAACGAGCAGUUGACAAUGUCUGUCGCAGAAUUUGUGAUGUCAUUGGCUGUCAAUGGCAUAUGUCUAAUCAUCGUCAUUUUCUUCUAUUCAAGACUGUCAGGACAACUGACAUCGGACAAACCAGCACGAUCACGAAGUAGCCCAGGAAGAGUGCCAAGACAACCUAUAGGACUACGUCCAGUAGCCGUAGAGGACCGCCACCAUCGUGGGCCACAUUUCAAGCCACCUCCGCCCAAUUUGCCUGAGUGGCGAGAGGAGUGGCCUUCUGUACCGGAUGCGCAACUUCGGCGGAAGUUGCGCCAGAGAGAUAGGAGAAGCCGUAGCCAACCUAGGGUUACUUCAAUUCGUAGACCAGGCGACGAGAGCACCCUCGAUUUCUUUGCUCCCGAGCCCUAUGACGAAGAAUUUCCGUGGAAAGCGAGAAAACUGGAAAGAGAAAGGGAAAAGGAAAGAGCCAGGCCACAUACAGCUGCAGAGGCCAUAGAAAAGAUCUACUACAACAAAUAUCCCGAUGAGUUGCCCAGCAUACCUCAUGGAAUGCGAAGCUCUUUACGAAAAGACCGAAAACGAGUAAAAAGUCCGGAGAGAGUGACCUUCAGCAGAAAUGAGCCCGAAGUCAAAUACAGAACACCUCAGGACUCUGUUGUAUAA